CGAUUCGGCAAAAUAUAAACAAACCUUGGUCUUCUUGGUUUGAUCUAGAACUUGAUCUAGAAUCUAUCUCUCUAUCUGAGACCACGGGCAGGUACAAUAAGACCAGUUCAGUGUUUAACCCGUCAAAUCUGGAUCAGUCUCAUUGGUUUGAGCUAUUUGAAUCUCGUUCCCCCCCGCCCCAUCUGGAUCCCGCUCAAGAUGUUGCCAUUGUCGCUGUUGAGGACCGCUCAGAACCAUCCCAUGUUGGUGGAGCUCAAGAACGGCGAGACCUACAACGGCCACUUAGUGUCGUGCGACAACUGGAUGAACAUCAAUCUCCGCGAAGUGAUCUGCACCUCCAAAGACGGCGACCGAUUUUGGCGGAUGCCCGAGUGCUACGUCCGAGGAUCCACCAUCAAGUACCUGCGCAUUCCCGACGAGGUCUUGGACAUGGUCAAGGAAGACGUGACUACCAAAGGCGGUGGACGCGGUGGGGGCCGUGGACGAGGCGGGCCGCGAGGCCGGGGCGGGUUCAGUGGAGGCGGUGGACGUGGUGGAGGACGAGGUGGGGGUCGCGGAGCGGGCGGAGGCGGGGGCCGAGGUGACCAUCGCGGGGGCCGUUAUUGAAUUGUUUUGUGGACCAAUGAUGGAAUAUAAAAAUGUACGCAGAGACUGGUAAACCAAGUUAUCUUUAUUUCUGAUAUGGCCGGUUCCGUCUCAUCCUUGAACAGUGAUUGAAUUGAGAAAAAAAAUUGUAACGGUAUCUGAAAGAGGCUUUAUAAAGAUGCCGACGAAAUUUGGA